CACUCUCUGAAGCGCUCACAGACGCACAACUAUUCCAGGAGGAGCCGACACGCGGGUUCAGGAUAUUAAUGGACUGAUAUAUCUAUUUUUUAUAUAUAUAAUUACAAUUAUCAUUCUUUCUGAAGACAAAACAUAGGAAAGCUUUCUUCUCAACAAGUAGGGUAACUAUUUUAGAGCUGGCACUUUGAACUGCACUUCAUUUUGCAUCUGGAGUUGACUUUUUUAUUUUUAUUUUUUAUAUUGUUACUCUGAUUCACCUUGCAGCCAUAUUUUGGGACAGGACGCGUAAAUGAUGCCGCAAUGGUCAGGUAAAAAUAAGACUUAAGAGGCUUUGAGUAAGAGUCAGUGGAAUCUAAUUUCCACGAUUUAUGGAUUUGCAAACAAGGGAAACGCCGUCCACAUCUUCCUCAGUGAUAAAAUAAAAUAAGUCUGUUUGCUGUGAGUAAAAUCCAAUAAAUCAGUGCUGACGUUUAACAUCUCCUCCUUUCCCUCGUGGGCUUACUUCUAUAAGCUUUUAUUUUCAGCAUUCUUGUUAUUAUUUCUAACUGCAGCAGAGUCGGGGGUGCAGGAGGCUGCAGACAUUGUGCAGACAGUAAACAUGAAUGGGAAAGAGGCAAAGCUUCGCUCCUAAAGGUCCGCGCAAAGUGUGGAGAGCUGCAGCUGCACCAACAAAAGAUUUCUGCUCACUUACACAGCUGAAGAUCUGAUUGUUCUUCCUCCACAUCCUUUCUAACACGAAUAUACCAAAUAUAUACGGACAACCUCAGUGCGCAAUAAAUCCAUGUGAGAUCCAGACAUUGAAUGUGACGCCCUCUUUUUUUUUUAGUUUGAUCCCUUUGCAAUGCACUGAUAGUUUAUAUUGCUUAUAUUGUUUACGUCGGUAGGUUGAUUCCCAAACAGGCAGCCUAAACAGCGGUUGGUUUGUUUCUCUUCUUUAUUCAAAUAAAAACCUGCAAAGUAGGCUCCCUUCCCUAAUCUAUAGGACAAUGUUGUUGAUCAGACUACUGGCUGUCUUCCUCACCCUCAUCACGAACACGUGGCUGCUCAGCCCGGUUCGCUCCGACGCACUCAGCCGGUACAAACGCUCCAUGGCCCUGCGGGCGGACCGCGAGCUCUCCUCGCUAGCAGGUGAACCCUGCACCGCCGCGGGCGCGUGGAGGUCCCGGCGGCAGCCCCGCUCCCCCCUCCCGUCCCAACACCGCCCUCCAGCGGCCCGUCCGACGACGCACACCGGCACGCGAGAGCUGUACGGUGUCAGGAGCGCGCCUGCGGUUUGUGCAGGAGGAUGUAGGGGUGACACCGGGGUGCUCCACCGGGCCGAGGAGAAGGCAGGCCGGGGCGACGCGGAGGGUGUGACGGUGGGAGCGAGGGACGGACAUGUUGCGUCGCGCUCCACAAGUGACAGCAGAGAGCCGCGCCAUGUCAGCGAAGACGCCGCGCAGCGAGCCGGGAAAUCUGCGCGUAACGACGGCGGGCAGCGCGCCUCCUCCGCGGGCAACACGCAGUCUCCAGGCGGCUCCAUCUCCAGAGUCACUCGCAGCCUCGGCGGGACGUUUCCUCACGAUGAGGAGGGCAACUCCAGCUGGGAGAAAGUGCUCCCGACAGACUCCACGGGACUCCAGGCGCUCCACAGACUGCAGCCGCGGGCAGACGGAGAGCCGCACUCCGCGACGGGCGCCGUGGAGGACAGCACCGAGGACUACUCCGGAGAGGUGGAAGAGGCGGACCCGCCGGCGAGCCUGCCCGUCAGCAGCUCCUCUCCGUGGGGGAGCCCGGUGCCCAUGGUGCCCCCCUCGUGGAUGACCGCCCUGUACUUCAGCGGGCGGCGGGAGCAGCUGCAGGUGAAGUCGGCAGCGAGGGUGGAGCUGCCGAGGGACAAGUUCACCCUCGAGCUGUGGGUGAAGCCGGAGGGAGGGCAGAGCAACCCCGCGGUCAUAGCAGGUGUGUUUGACAACUGUUCCCAUUCGCUGAGUGAGAAGGGCUGGUCAGUAGGUAUACGCACCGUGGAACCUGCCGGCACCAAAGACGCAAGGUUCUACUUCACACUGCGGACAGACCGAGCUGUGAAAUCGACCACCAUCUUUAGUCACCAGCGAUACCGUGCCAGUGCCUGGACUCACCUAAUGGCCUCUUACAAUGGCCACAACAUGACCCUGUAUGUUGAUGGAGCUAAGGUGGGCGAAAGCAACCUCCAGUCUGGGAAUCUAUACAGCCCCUUUAUGAGGACCUGCAGAACCCUUUUCCUUGGCAGCAACCAAUCAGAUCAGGGCCACAGCUUCAGGGGCCAUAUUGGGGGAGUGGCUUUGUGGGGCUCUGCCCGCUCUCAGCAGGACCUACUGAAGCGGCCACUUCAGUCUGACAAGAGCGAGCCGGUCCUGGCAAUGUGGGCUGACUUCACUAAUGCAGAACAGUUAUGGAGUCCAUAUAAAGCUGGCCUCCAUCCGAUCGUUAUCACCACUCCCGUCCCCGAACAAGAACUUGUCUCCUCGUUCCUGCCCCCCCCCUGCGGCCUGACACCCUGCGACAACACCGACAUCAUCUUUGGCUACAAUAACCACUGGCAGCUCCGUGCCCCCAAGCGAGUUCGCUACCGGAUCGUCAACCUGUCCAAUGACGACGGUGGAAACCCCACUGUGACGGAAGCCCAGAUCCAGCUGCAACACCGGGCUCUGACUGAGGCCUUUCGCCCCUACAACAUCACUCUAGAUCUGAGUGUACACACCGUCCGAAACUCCAGCCUCAAACAGAAGUUCAUCCUCAGCAACUGUCGCAUCGGAAAGAUCGGUAAUCGCCAAUGUGACCCUGAGUGCGACCAUCCAAGAACAGGCCAUGAUGGAGGGGACUGCCUCCGACUGGGGCCGUGCUACAACUGGAAGAAACAGGAUGGGGUUUGCAACAUGGAGUGCAACAGUAUACACUAUGACUACGAUGAUGGAGACUGCUGUGACCCAGAGGUCACAGACGUCCUCAAGACCUGCUUCGAUCCCGAAUCCCCUGACAGGGCCUAUAUGAGUGUGAAAGAACUGAAGGAGGAGCUUCUCCUGAGCGGAACCGACACACUCAAUGUUUUGUUUGCCAGCAACUCAGUGCGUGAAGAACUGGCAGGAGCUGCAACCUGGCCGUGGGCAAAGGAGGCUCUAACCCAUCAAGGUGGGAUGGUGCUGAACCCGUCUUACUUCGGCACUGCGGGCCACCACAACACCAUGAUCCAUGAGAUGGGACACAUCUUUGGCCUGUAUCACGUCUUCAAAGGGGUGAGCGAGCGGGACUCCUGUGAUGACCCAUGUCAGGAGACCACCCCGUCCAUGGAGACUGGAGAUCUAUGUGCGGACACUGCCCCAACGCCCAAAUCCAAAGCCUGCCACGAUCCUGGAGCCGUUAACGAUACCUGCGGAGUCACAACGUACCAGGACACACCUUACAGCAACUACAUGAGCUACACAGAUGACAACUGCACGAACCAUUUCACUCCCAACCAAGUGGCAAGGAUGCACUGUUAUCUCGACCUGGUUUACCAGAAGUGGCUGAUGGAUCGUCAACCUGCCCCCAUCCCUCUGGCCCCCAUAGUGGCCGACCAGAGCCCAGAUUCUGUCUCGCUCUAUUGGCUGCCACCUAUAAGGGGACCACUUUAUCAAAGCUCCUCAUUCCACACGUCUGUUAUCAACUGCGGAGACUGUGAGAAAGAUGGCGGCUUCCACCAGUACGCCUCCGAGGCCUCCUCACCUCGUAUCUGUGACACAUCAGGCUACUGGACCCCCGAGGAGGCAGUUGGUCCACCCGAUGUGGAGCAGCCCUGUGACCUAAGUCUCCAGGCGUGGAGUCCUGAGCUCAGCCUCUAUGACACCAACGUGACGUCCCCUUGCCCCGACACGGAGGGUUGCACCCUUACGCUGCGAUUCCUCCACCCCGCUGUUCCACACACACUCACCCUCUGGGUCACCUACGUCUCCUCCGACAACCCAGCCAUAGCCAACAUCGAGCUGAUAACAGAUAUGGGGAACAGCAUUAACCUUGGACCGCAGCAUGUCUUCUGUGAUAUGCCCCUCACCUUGCGCCUUAACACCCACAAUGCUGCCAUCAGCGCCAUAAAACUCUGCACCUUUGACGAGAAGAUGGAGAUCGAUGCCGCCAUGUUGUCGUCAGGCCCCGGCAGCCCUCUGUGCUCUGGCUGCCUGCCUCUGCUGUACUGGAUCCAGCGGCAGCCGCCCUUCAACGGCAAAUCCACACCACCUCAGACUCAGCAGACAUUCACUGACAGUACUGUACAGCAAGGAGUCAAGUACCAGUACACAAUCCAGGUGGAAGCAGAAGGUCUUCUCAGCGAUACCUCCCCACCUCUCCUCUACACUCAUGGGCAGUCCUACUGUGGAGACGGCCUCAUACAGGGGACAGAAGAGUGUGAUGACAGUAAUCUCCUGGAUGGGGAUGGCUGCUCUAAGAAAUGUAACAAGGAGAUGGGCUUCAAAUGUAAUGGUGAACCCAGUCAGUGUUAUGUGUUUGACGGUGACGGGGUAUGUGAGGACUUUGAGCGGGGCUCCAGUGUUCAGGACUGUGGUUACUUCACGCCCCUGGGCUACACGGACCAAUGGGCCUCCACUGCUACUGCCUCUCACCAGGACCCCAACCGCUGUCCUGCCCACGCUGCCACCGGGGAGCCAUCACUUAACAAGCUCUGCAGGUAUCAGCACCUCGAGAUGAGUGAGACACUGUCCACAGACGCCUGGUUCCCUUGCACAGCCCAGUCUGACACAAAUAAUGACCUGGAACAUUCAUUUUGGCUGAAGGUGGGAUUUGACCAUCCUGGAGUGGCAGCCUCUGUAAUGGUGUACGUAGCAUCAGACGGGUCCUUGUCUGUGGACCAGUGCCGGAGGACAGCAACCAUCUUACUCUCUGAUACUACUGGCAAAAACCACUCACUAGGGACACAUAACCUCUCAUGCCAUCGGAACCCGUUAGUGGUGAAUGUGACCCAUGACCUCUCGCGACCUUUCUUCCUCACGGCCUCCGUUAUCCUCCUCUUCUCCUCCCCCUUGGUGGCAGUGGGAGGCGUGGCUUUGAGGACCUCCUGUCACUUCAGCACCUUCGCCCUGACCGGCUGUUUGCGGAAGCCAUGUCAGAUGGACAGCUGCAGCCCGCCUCAGUUAGAGCACGCCUCUGUCAGGUGUACAGGAGGAGGAGAGGCCUCGCACUGCUCUGUUCAGUGUCACCGUGGUUUCAGUAUCACCGUCCUCAACGGCAGGGGAACCCCACCCCAUCAGCGAAAGACAGAGCUGGAGUGUUUCCAUGGUUCAUGGGAUCGUAUUGUGAGCUGUCAGCCUGUAGACUGUGGGCUGCCCGAUCAGUCUCACGUAUACCACGCCAUAUUCAGCUGCCCCUGGGGAACCACCUUUGGCAAACAAUGCUCCUUCACCUGCGGAUCACCAUCCAUACUACAAGGUGACAGUGACAGGUUGGUGUGUUUGGAGGACGGACUGUGGUCUUUCCCAGAGGCCUAUUGCAAGAUAGAGUGUCCAGAGGUCCCGAACAUACCCAAUUCCAAGCUGCUAACAGCAGACUGUCAGACCUCAGGUCAUGACGUUGGCUCCGUCUGCCGUUACAAAUGUAAUCCAGGCUUCUAUGUAACAGGGAGCCUCCAAAAGAAGACACAGAGGAAGUACUUCAAGUUGGAGUGCCAUAAGGGGGGUCAGUGGGAGGAAACCAGUUGUGAGCCAAUAUCCUGCCCAGCCCUACCUGACGUAUUCCAGGGCAUGUACAGCUGCACCAAUAGCCUGAUCUAUGACACCCUCUGCACCCUGCAGUGCCCAGACUCAACAGAAAAUAGUGAGAUUCGCUGCACAAAGGAUGGUGAGUGGACAGCUAAGUUCACCAUGUGCUCCAAGCUCCAGGGAUCCUGCGCCCCUCCUCCCCAUCUCAACUCUGUGGAGUACAGCUGUGACCGGGGGAUGGAUGUUGGUGCUGUGUGCUACCCAACAUGCAUUAUGGCUCUGGACAUGGAUCUGCGUGACCCAGUGGUUUUGCCCAAUGGCACAACAGCUGACUCACUAAAGCACUGGAUGCUGCCCAGCAAAGUCCAGAGCAUUGUCUGUACAGGGUUGAUGAAGUGGUACCCUGACCCUCAACACAUCCAUUGCAUCCAGUCAUGUGAGCCUUUUGGAGGGGACGGCUGGUGCGACACCACCAACAACCGGGCCUACUGCCAGUACGACGGAGGAGACUGCUGCCCGUCCACUCUCUCAACGAGAAAGGUCAUUCAGUUUGGGGCGGACUGCAAUCAGGAUGAGUGCACUUGCCGUGAUCCGGACGCCGAGGAGAAUAAGAGCAAAGCCAAGAAGUCGGGAGGAGGAGGAGGUGGAGCUGGAGGAGGAAUGCAGUGAGAUGGAGGGAUAAAAGAAGCUGAACUUGUGUGAAACACAGUCAAACCACAGACUGUGCACCACAACAAACAGUCAAAUUAUUCAUUUUUUAUCAUUUUACAAUGUGAAGAAUGUGAUUGAAGUUAGACUUUGUGCAGUAAAAGGCUAUUUUCAUUUGACGUGAUAAAAAGCAUCACGUAUGAGUCACGUCGGUUUAAACAUCUACAUGUGGAUUGAAUGUUUUCCUUUCCCCGUUAAGAAGUUAAGGGUUAUCCUCACAGCUGGAUUUGUGCACAGAAAAAAAAAAAUGAUGUUUUGAAAAACGGGAGCCCAACUAAGAAAACACUGAGGUCCGGUUCAAAUAGGGUUAAGAGGCAGUUUAUCCACUCCUGUACAAAUCAAGUCACGAUAAUUGGAUCAAAUCACUGUUGUAAAUGGAUUCAACUCUUUUUCUGGACUUGAUUAGCCCUGGGCCUGAUAAGUGUUCAGUACAUGCACAGCCAUUGCAACAAGGAGCUACUGCUACUAAAUGUGUUUACUGUAGCAUCCAGUUGGAAGAGUACGACCAAGUGUUAGGGCCACUUACAGGGAAAAGAUUGUUUUUAAAAAAAGUUGUAAUAUGAGAAAAAAAGUCUUAAAAAUUAUGAGAAUAAAGUCAUUUUAGCCUGUGCGUCAUUUGAGAGCAGGAAUAUCAGAAGAUCAACCUGUCGCCUGUGUUAAAACAAGGAAUGUUGAGAAUGUUAUACUUCAGUAUAAGUUGUACAUAUAACAAAAUACUUAAUCUAUUAGCUCAUCAGCACCACAGUAUCAUAAGCAUCAGGACUUUGAAAACCACACAGACUUGGAGGAAGUUGCCUCCUUUGUGGAGGAGGAAAUGUUUGGUGGUGGUCGACUGUGAUGUGCACGUUAUUCAAAGGGGUUUCAUAGUUUCUCAAGAAAAAAAUCGGAUUAGUUAUGAACAUUUUGAAUCUGGAAGGAGCGGAAAUGCUGCUAAUUUGCCAAAGAAUGUAUUUUUUCUUUAUUGUCGUAAUAUUAUUUUUUCUCAUUAAAUGACAUCUUUAUUCAGUAUUACAACUAAUGCUCAUAAUAUUACAACACCAUCACCAUGUGACCCUAAUAUUGCAUCACAGAAGAAAACCCCGCCCCUGAAACUGGCAUUACUUAUAAUCUUCAUCAUCGUGCUCUCCAAACCAGCUCCCCCUGACAUGUAGCUGUUAGAGGAUACAUAUCUGUACAGACUAAUAUAUUUGGAUCACCUAACAUAUCUACUAGAUCACACUUUAGUGACAAAAUCAACACUCUAUUUAUAUCACAAAUCCAGUAACACAAACAUGUAUUUGUACCACACAACAUGUGCACAGGGCUUGCACAUUUUAUAUAAUACUUUCACAAUCCCUGAAGUCGAUGUUGGAUUUGGAAAUAUAAAAAAGAUAUAAUGAGCUGGGUCAAACACAAGCCACAGAGUGUGAACACUGUUGUGUCAAGACGGAACGCACAACGCUCCACAAAUCACUGAGAUCAUACUUUUGGGAAACCCAGUCAGAUUUUUUUGUCUUCAGUUGCAGUUGUGAAGUUCAAGCUACAGACAUCACUUUUCUCAGAAAUAAUGUUGAAGUACCCCGUCCAAAUAUUGUAUCUGUGUAAUCAUGUUAUUUGUGAUAUUUUACUGUUCUUUAUACUCGAUAUGAAAUAAAUAGCAACUUUAUACCGAUCCAUA